AUGCAUUUCUUUAGAGAGUUUCACCAAAAUGCUACUCUAGUUUCUGGUUUGAAUAGCUUUUUUAUUGCUCUAAUCCCAAAAGUGGUCAGCCUAUCUAGCUUGGGUGAAUAUAGGCCCAUAAGUCUUAUUUGUUCAUUGUACAAAAUUCUGGCUAAAGGCUUGUCUAAUAGGUUGAAACAAGUGAUGCCACAGAUAAUUAGCGAGGCCCAAUCAGCAUUUUUGGGGGGUAGAAAUAUCCUAGAUGGGAUACUUAUUGCUAACGAGGUAGUUGAUGGGUGGAGAAAAUCAAAUAAGAAAGGAUUGGUGUUGAAACUUGAUUUUGAGAAGGCUUAUGAUUCGGUCAAUUGGAAAUUCUUAUUUAAUAUGCUAUCCAAUUUUGGAUUUGGAGAUAGAUGGGUAAAAUGGAUGAAAACCUGUGUAACCUCUACAAAAGUGUCGGUUCUAGUGAAUGGCUUUCCAACCUCGGAAUUUUGGCCACAGCGUAGUCUUCGGCAAGGUGACUCACUGUCACAUUUCCUAUUCAAUUUUGUGGCUGAGGGGUUGAAUAUUUUGUUUGUUAGAGCCAAACAAAUGGGUUUAAUCCAAGGUGCUGUCAUUGGCAAUGAUGGGGUAAGAGUAAUGCAUUUGCAAUUUGCCGAUGAUACAAUACUGUUUUGUGAAGUUGAAUGGGUGGAAGUGGUGACCAUCAAAAGAAUUCUUAGGUGUUUUGAAAUUCUCUCAGGGCUGAAAAUUAACUAUCAUAAGAGUGUGUUUGCCGGCAUUGGUGUGGAUGAAGACCUGCUGCAUAGUUUCGCAUCUAGACUAAAUUGUGCUCAUCUGAACCUGCCUUUAAAGUACCUUGGGUUACCUCUAAGGGCUAAUCCUGUUGGGGUGGCAAAGAACACUGCAAUUAAGCUCGGGAAUGGUCGGAGAUCUCAAUUUUGGAGGGAUAAAUGGGCAGGGGAGUUGUGCAUCAAGGAUGAAUUUCCUAGACUCUUUUCUUUGUCCACAGCUAAAGAUGGAGUAGUCUCUGAUUUUCUGACCAGUGGAGGAGGGUCUCAAGACUGGAGUUUGGCUUUUAGGAGAUCUCGGUUGGUUUGGGAAGAAGAGGAGGUCACAAGACUACAUAACUGCCUUAGGAAUGCACCAGUAGUGAGGGUCUUCAGGUCUGAUGUAUGGAAGUGGCAUGCUAAUUCCUCUGGGACAUAUUAUGUUGCUGCAAGAUAUAAAUGUUGUGAGUCAUUAUUGGGACCUGUUAGGAAACUGGCAGGGGCUGUUUGGCACAAUUGUGCACCACCAAAAGUCAAAUUCUUUGGGUGGUUGGCUUGGUUAGGCAAGGUGAAAACAUCUAGUUUCCUUCAGAGGAUUGGGGUAUUAGAUGAGGCUGCUAAUGUGGGCUGUGUGUUCUGUCAAAAUGAGGUGGAAACCGUUAACCAUAUCUUGCUUUUUUGCCCAUUUGUUUGGCUGUUGUGGUCUAUGAUUAUGAAGUGGUGGGGUUUUCAAUGGGUGAUGCCUAACUUUGUGGAAGGGUUGUUGCACUGGUGGUCAUUUAGCAAAAUGAAAAAGAACGAGAAAAUGCUGUGGAAGGUGGUGCCUUUGGCUAUUUUUUGGUCCACAUGGAAACAUAGAAAUGACUGUGUCUUUAAUGGCUCUCAACCAAACUUGGAGGAAUUAUGUGAAAUUGUCAAAGCAAGAAUAGCUUUGUGGGUUAAAUCUUCCCCAACCAAAGUGGUGUUCUCUGUGAAUGAUAUAGUUUUCAAUUUGCAUCAGGUUCAAUAUUGUAUUAGGAAGGGGAGUUAA